GAAUACGUAGUGUGGACCCUAAGGGAAAGGAGACUCUGUAUAAUCUGGAGUCUCUCAUCAACCAGGCAGUGUUCCCAGGACUACAGGGAGGACCCCACAACCACGCCAUCGCAGGUGUGGCGGUGGCCCUGAAGCAGGCUCUGACCCCAGAGUUUAAGGCGUAUCAGUACCAGGUGCUCUCUAACUGCAGAGCUAUGGCCAACGCCCUCAUCAACCACGGCUACAAGAUCGUCACCGGGGGUUCUGAUAACCAUCUGAUCUUACUGGACCUGAGGCCCAACGGGACGGACGGAGGACGAGCUGAGAAGGUUCUAGAAGCUGCUGCCAUCGCCUGCAACAAGAACACCUGUCCAGGUGAUAAGAGUGCGUUGCGUCCCAGCGGUCUGAGGUUCGGCUCUCCUGCUCUGACCUCCAGAGGAAUGGUUGAAGACGACUUCAGGAAGGUCGCAGAGUUCAUCCACAGAGGUAUCCAGGUGACCCUGGACAUCCAGGCCUCUCUGCAGCCCAAGGCCACCUCUAACCCCUUGACCUCUCACCCCUCGUUGUCCCUACAGGAAUCCAGGUGACCCUGGACAUCCAGG